CGGUGCUCGAUGCCCAGGCCUCGGAUGGCGUUAUAACUGCGGGAAGCCGGGGAGCAGAAGCCCACAUCAGCCGCCGUCGUCUAGUGUUUGUAGUUUUGCUGCUGGACUCUUCCCUCCCUUCCCCCACCCCAUCAGGAUGAUAUGAGAGUUGAAAGAAGACGAUGCAUACAGAGAAACUGGUUGCUGAACUGGAAAGGACAGGAACCUUGCGAGCUAAUGACAACUACAAAAUACUUUGUGAUAGUGAAGGCAAAUCAAGCCAGGGAAAGUUGAUCCAAGAAGAAUGGGAAGCUUUCAAGAAUAAAAUUCUGAAGACAGAAGCAGAAAUGAUUUUGAUGAGAGAGAAUCUAAGGGGGGAACUUCUUAAAGAGUCUGAUGUGACCAUAAAGGGAACUCAUCAACCAACUCAGAUUUUUAAAAGACAUAUAUUGAAGUUGUAAACAAGGGCAGGAGAGACUUCAGCAUGCAAACCUUCAUCUGUUCGCCUCGCACCAUCAUUUUCAUUCCAUGCCGCUGGUCUUCAGAUGGCUGGACAAAUGCCCCAUUCACAUCAGCAGUACAGUGACCGCCGUCAGCCAAACAUAAAUGACCAACAGGUUUCUGCCUUAUCUUAUACUGACCAGAUUCAACAGCCUCUAACUAACCAGGUGAUACCUGAUAUUGUCAUGUUACAGAGACGGAUGCCCCAAACCUUCCGUGAUCCAGCAACUGCUCCUCUGAGGAAACUCUCUGUUGACUUGAUCAAAACAUACAAACAUAUUAAUGAGGUUUACUAUGCAAAAAAGAAGCGGAGACAUCAACAGGGCCAAGGAGAUGAUUCUAGUCACAAAAAGGAGCGGAAAGUUUACAAUGAUGGCUAUGAUGAUGAUAACUAUGAUUAUAUUGUAAAAAAUGGGGAAAAGUGGAUGGAUCGUUAUGAAAUUGACUCUUUAAUAGGAAAGGGUUCCUUUGGACAGGUUGUAAAGGCAUAUGAUCGUGUGGAGCAGGAGUGGGUUGCCAUUAAAAUUAUUAAGAACAAGAAGGCUUUUUUAAAUCAAGCCCAGAUUGAAGUGCGACUUCUUGAGCUUAUGAACAAACAUGAUACUGAAAUGAAAUACUACAUAGUGCAUUUGAAACGCCACUUUAUGUUCCGAAACCAUCUCUGCUUAGUUUUUGAAAUGUUGUCUUAUAAUCUUUAUGACUUGUUAAGGAACACAAAUUUUCGAGGUGUCUCUUUGAACCUGACACGAAAAUUUGCACAACAGAUGUGUACUGCACUGCUUUUCCUUGCAACUCCAGAACUUAGUAUCAUUCACUGUGACCUCAAACCUGAGAAUAUUCUUCUCUGUAACCCUAAACGCAGCGCUAUCAAGAUUGUUGACUUUGGAAGUUCUUGUCAGCUGGGACAGAGGAUAUACCAGUAUAUCCAGAGUCGCUUUUAUCGCUCUCCAGAGGUACUACUGGGAAUGCCUUAUGAUCUUGCUAUUGACAUGUGGUCCCUUGGGUGUAUUUUAGUUGAAAUGCACACUGGAGAACCUCUUUUCAGUGGAGCCAAUGAGGUGGAUCAGAUGAAUAAAAUAGUGGAAGUUCUGGGAAUAGCACCUGCACAUAUUCUUGACCAAGCACCCAAAGCAAGAAAGUUCUUUGAGAAGUUGCCGGAUGGCACUUGGAACUUAAAGAAGACCAAAGAUGGAAAAAGGGAGUACAAACCACCAGGAACCCGAAAACUUCAUAAUAUUCUUGGAGUAGAAACAGGAGGACCUGGGGGACGUCGUGCUGGGGAAUCUGGACAUACUGUAGCGGACUACUUGAAGUUCAAAGACCUCAUCUUAAGGAUGCUUGAUUAUGACCCUAAGACUAGAAUUCAACCAUAUUAUGCCCUGCAGCAUAGCUUUUUUAAGAAAACAGCAGAUGAAGGUACAAAUACAAGUAACAGUGUCUCCACAAGUCCUGCUAUGGAGCAGUCACAGUCUUCAGGAACCACCUCUAGUACAUCUUCAAGCUCAGGUGGAUCUUCAGGGACAAGCAACAGUGGAAGGGCCCGGUCAGAUCCAACACAUCAGCAUCGGCAUAGUGGUGGUCACUUUACAGCUGCUGUUCAAGCGAUGGACUGUGAAACACACAGUCCUCAGGUGCGCCAGCAAUUUCCAGCUCCUCUUGGUUGGUCAGGCACUGAAGCACCUACACAAGUCACUGUUGAAACUCAUCCUGUUCAAGAAACAGCGUUCCAUGUAGCCCCUCAACAGAAUGCAUUACAUCAUCAUCAUGGAAACAGCUCCCAUCAUCACCACCACCACCACCACCACCACCAUCACCAUGGACAACAAGCCUUGGGUAACCGGACCAGGCCAAGGGUCUACAAUUCUCCAACAAACAGCUCCUCUACCCAAGAUUCUAUGGAAGUUGGCCAUAGUCACCACUCCAUGACAUCCCUGUCUUCCUCAACUACUUCUUCCUCUACAUCUUCCUCCUCUACUGGUAACCAAGGUAAUCAAGCCUACCAGAAUCGCCCAGUGGUUGCUAAUACCUUGGACUUUGGACAGAAUGGAGCCAUGGAUGUUAAUUUAACAGUCUACUCCAAUCCCCGCCAGGAGACUGGCAUAACUGGACAUCCAGCAUACCAAUUUUCUGCCAAUACAGGUCCUACACAUUACAUGACUGAAGGACAUCUGGCUAUGAGGCAAGGAAUUGAUAGAGAAGAAUCUCCUAUGACAGGAGUUUGUGUUCAACAAAGUCCUGUGGCUAGCUCGUGACUAAAUUGAAACUUGUUUGUUUCUUGUGUGUUUUUAUAGAAGUGGUGUUUUUUUCCAAAAACAAGUGCAAAGCUGCUUGAAUUAGAAGGAGUUUAACACACUGAACCGCUACAAGAGGGCAAAGCUGACUAUUUUUUUAAACUUGAAAAGAUUGCAAAGGGACAGUGAAGUGUUUUUUUUUUUAAGAGCCAUGUCUAAACCCAUCUUAAUGGAUAUCUCAGAGGUGUUACCUCAUCUUUUGCCUCCCCCAUUUUAACUUGCCACAUCUCAAUCAUAGUGUUUUUGUCUUUCUAUUCUACAAAAGUUAAUGUUCAGAUGUUGGUCUUAGUCAUUUGCCAACUAAUUUUAAAAUAAAAAAAGUCACUGCAUAUAAUUUACAAAAAGGGCCCCAUGAGGGUUUUUUUGGGUGGGGGGUGGGGUUAUUUGGGUUUUUUAAACCUCCAAACACACAUGGGCACAGAUAUGCAGUACUGUAAGGAAGAGGGACCUUCAGAUUACAUAAAAAUAUAUUCAGCUGUACAAAGGGACAGUUGUAUUGGAGUUUUUUAGGCACAUUAAGCAUGCUAAAUGGCGGUGAUCAGAAUUCUCCUUUUCUGAACCUACUGAGGAUCAAAGCAGCAAUUAUAAUGGGAUUCUGUGUCUCAUUUUAUAGACCGGAGUCAGUUAGUAUUUGGAACAUGGCUGGCCUCAUAACUAAGGUGCACUGAGAAGCAAUCAACGGGUCAGUUUUGGCCAGUCCUGGGGAGGUCUAAUUGGUGGUCUUUGGGAUAACCUUUGGCCUUAUGGAUUUGGACUCUAAGUUAGAAGAGCCUACCAUUUCAAAUGCAAUCACUAUUGGACAUGCUUUUGCAGACAGUCCUUAAUGCUGAAAACACAGAGAAUGGGUAAUUCAAGAGGCCUUUCUUUUAAAAUAGACUUUUGUGACCCACUAAUUGUAAGGUAUUGCCAGGUCACUUUGCGUGUGUCAUAAAGUUGACUUCCUUAUUGGUUGAAGGUCACAGAAGUAGUGGUUUGCGUUUGAUGGAAAUAGCUACAGCUGUGUCUCUUCCUGCUUUUUACUUUUUCUUUUGCUUUUUCUCGGCACGUGGUAUCUCCACCAUUACUUCUGCACAAAGAUGUCUUCUGUUCAUCCUGAACAUUUUAAAAAAUGCAGAAUUUUAUGUGACUGCUUUUUUUGCCUCACAAUUAUGCUGUGAAUUUUACAAAAAUUUAUUUUCUUUUUUUGAUAAUUUAUUGUACCAAAGCUGUUUUUAUAGCACAUAGAUGUCUGUAACCAAUAAUGUAGCAGUUCUGCACUUUGACACAAGGUGUAACUAGACCAUUUUUAAAUGUCAGUUGAAAAUUAUGGCUGUACUAUUGCUUAAACAAAACUGGAACUGUUGUUGAAUUCAUAGCCAAUACAUUUAUAACGAUCUGUGUACUGAACAUAAUAGAUUGACAUCUAAUUCAAGACUAUAACAUCUGUUAACAUUAUAAAUGUCUUCAGGCUUCUGAAGGGAAAAGGGACACAAGAUCUAGAAGCUAUGAAACCAGCAGUAGUUUCUUGUAUUCCUGAUUAACAUUCUUGUAAACUUGAAAGUAAGACCUUGAUUGCACCAACAGGUUCCCAAAGUGUUACCAUGAGUGAAACUAAAAGCUCAUGUAUGUCCUGAAGUUAGCAGGCUGUAUUUAACAGGUGCCUAGUUUGAGGUUAUGCUGCCUUAAUGUAACACAGUCUGGCAGUUGCUAAAUUUGUGUUCCCACUUAAAAUUGACCAAUAUUUCUGAGUGGUUGAGCUGGGAGAAUGAAGAUAGUUUAUUUAUUUAUCCAGGAUUAAAAAAAAAAGCCUAGAAAAGAAGCAGUAAUCUACCUCUGCCAAUAAACCCUGUUAAAAAUAACUUACAGAACGGCAUAUACUUUUUAUCAGUCGUUUCCACGUGGCUGACAUGGUCAAAUUUUUUUUUUGAACGAAACAGGUUUUUAUAUACAAGACCUUGAAAAGAGAGGCCCAAGAUGUGUAAAUGUGAAUGGAUACUUGGAAAUAUCAGUUUUAUAAAACUUUUUUUUUAAAUCGAAGGAUCCGUAUUUAUUUUGUAUUAAAAUAUCAAGCCUGUGGGUGACAAUUUUUGAACUCAACAGUUCAGAGAAGUUUACAAUGAAUGAAAGGUUGUCAUCUUGAGUAUAGCAAUAUUUUAAAAAAGAAUCCAGUAGUUACUGCUGUCUCGGUAUAUAAAGUUAAGAUAUUUUAUGGGUCAGGUCAUUUUUUUUUUCUGUGCUGGUUGCCACAUCUUAGGAAGCACCAAAAAUUAAAGCAAUUUUGAAACCAAUAUUUACAUAAAAAAAACCAUAAAAUCCAAUGCUUCUGCAUACUGUGUUAUGUUACAGUCCAGUUUUGUGUGCUUUACUACACAGUUUGGUUACAGGACUAAUGUGCAUUGUAAACAUAAACAGCAUGGAAAAGGUUAAAUACCUGUGUUCAGAUUGUAAGAUCUAGUCCAGACUUGCUGUGUAUAUUGUAACGUUAAAUGAAAAAAGAAACGCCCUUUGUAUUAUAGUCAUGCAGUCUUAUGUAUGAUAAACAGUUGAAUAAUUUGUCCUCAGACUCUUUACUAUACUUUUUUUUUAAUUUAAAAAAAUGUAAAUAUAGUAAAAAUCUUCCUAUGCAAUUACCCUGGUCCAGGUAAUGGUCUGGUAGGUAUACUGGGUAUAACUUUAGUCAAAUAUGUAAAAAUAUUAGUUACAUUGACAUAGGCUUCAAAAAAUUCUAAAAGUAAAAGUUGGAGGUUUAACAGA